AACCGUCUCCUCAAUUUGGAAGGAGGAAACGGAGAAUAAAAAAGAAGAGAAAACUCCGGCGUCGGCGUUUUCCAUUUCAGUUUUCUCUUGCCCAACCAUGGACGCCCACCGUCGCCGGUCUUCUCCACCUGCUAAAAACUUCUCCGCCGACCAACAACCGGUCAAAUCCAUGGCAAAAAAUCCUCUCAAGGUUAAGAUGAUGGAACAACGUGAUCAUGAUGCAGUUAAGGCGUCUGAUGUUUUGCCUCUUCCUAUUUACCUUACCAAUGCCGCUUUCUUUACUCUGUUUUUCUCUGUCGUUUAUUUUCUUCUGACGCGGUGGCGUGAGAAGAUUCGUUCAUCGACUCCUCUCCAUGUCGUUACGCUUUCCGAAAUGGUUGCUAUCUCUGCGUUCGUCGCUUCUUUUAUUUACCUUCUCGGAUUCUUCGGCAUCGACUUUGUUCAGUCGAUUUUCCGUCCUUCGCAUGAUGUGUGGACGUCCGAAGACGAUGAGGUGGUUCUGGUUAGGGAGGAUACUCGGAAGGUUCCAUGUGGCGCUGGAAUCGAUUGCGCGAUGCCGAUUUUGACAUCUCCUGUGCCCUCGGUGCCGAAGGUGGCUGAUCCGGUGCCUGUUAGCUUUGAUUUGACGGAGGAGGAUGAGGAGAUUGUUAAAUCCGUUGUGGCUGGGACCACGCCGUCGUAUUCGCUCGAAUCAAAGCUAGGCGAUUGUGCUCGAGCAGCGGCCAUUCGCCGCGAGUCCUUGCAGAGAAUAACCGGGAAGUCGCUAUCGGGACUUCCUUUGGAAGGAUUCGAUUACGCUUCGAUUUUGGGGCAGUGCUGCGAGAUGCCGGUUGGAUACGUUCAGAUUCCAGUGGGAAUCGCCGGGCCGUUGUUGUUGGACGGUAAGGAGUAUUCUGUACCGAUGGCGACCACCGAGGGUUGCUUGGUUGCGAGUACGAAUAGAGGCUGUAAAGCGAUUAUGAUGUCCGGUGGGGCUAACAGUGUGUUGUUGAGAGAUGCAAUGACGAGAGCACCGGUUAUGAGGUUCGCUACAGCUAAAAGAGCAGCGGAAUUGAAAUUCUAUGUGGAGGAACCAGCGAAUUUCGAUACCUUGGCCUCGGUUUUCAACAAGUCUAGCCGAUUUGGAAGGCUACAGAGUAUCAAAUGCGCCAUUGCUGGUAAGAAUCUCUAUAUGAGAUUCUCUUGCAGCACUGGUGAUGCUAUGGGGAUGAACAUGGUGUCCAAAGGAGUACAGAACGUUUUGGAUUUCCUCCAGACCGAUUUCCCUGACAUGGACGUAAUUGGCAUAUCUGGUAACUAUUGUUCGGACAAGAAGCCCGCUGCUGUGAACUGGAUCGAAGGGCGUGGUAAAUCGGUGGUUUGUGAGGUUACAAUCACAGGCGAUGUAGUGAAGAAGGUCCUCAAGACCAAUGUGCAAGCCUUAGUUGAGCUUAACAUGCUCAAGAACCUUACAGGUUCAGCCAUGGCUGGAGCUCUUGGGGGAUUCAACGCUCACGCUAGUAACAUCGUGUCAGCCAUCUUCAUCGCAACAGGGCAAGAUCCAGCACAGAACGUGGAGAGUUCUCACUGUAUUACAAUGAUGGAAGCUGUCAACAACGGCCAGGAUCUUCACGUGUCUGUAACCAUGCCUUCCAUUGAGGUGGGCACAGUUGGAGGAGGAACCCAGCUUGCUUCUCAAUCUGCAUGUUUGAACCUACUUGGAGUUAAAGGAGCCAACAGAGAAGCUCCAGGCUCCAACGCGAGGCUGCUUGCCACCAUUGUAGCUGGUUCAGUUCUUGCAGGAGAGCUGUCUCUAAUGUCUGCAAUUUCAGCAGGACAUCUUGUGAGGAGCCAUAUGAAGUACAAUAGAUCCAGUAGAGAUGUCACUCGCGCUUCUUCCUCUUAAGAAGAGAAUCAAAAAGACCCCAUCAAAGGUAAACUCUCUGUGUUCCCACAAAACUCGUGGAAUUUGCAGAAAGCAGCAAAAGCAGAAUCAAUGGAUGGAGAAAGAACACACAUACAAAUUGGGAAUGACUACAAAACACAGUCAAUCGCCAUAGAAUAAAAAGGUUAAAAACCCCUUCAACUCUUAGCUUUUUUUUUUUUUUCUUUUUACUUCAAAAUAUAUAUAGCUUUGUUUGUUGUUGUUGUUGUUGUUCUUCUUUUAGUUCAAUUCAAAGUUCAAACCCCCCAUGUAACUGAAAUUAUGUAAUUGUGUGAUGUGAUGACGAAGCUCUUUUUUAGUUCA